AUGCAAAAAAUAUGGGAAUGGAUAGUUGACAAAAAGACGAACACAAUCCGGAAGUGGCGGUCAUCGAACAUUCGGAGGAAUAACACGGAACCCGAUGAUUUGGCAGCCUAUCGAAACGGAAAACGAAAAUCGUACUCCACGGGAAGCAUCACCUCCUCCUCGAACAAUUCCAACAAAAAGAAUCCAGAUUUCGAGAAUUUUUUCGAGGAACCGCAGAUAAAAGUGAUGUUGGAUGCAAGGAGGGAAUCAUUUCUACGACAUUCCAAUUCGGCAGAAGUGUUUCCGGUGGCACCGCCCGAUUUGGAAGUUGUCAUGGAGAGGUCGACUAAAACGACACCAAACCCAACACCACGAACCGUCCGAAAACAACUUCGCUUUGAUAUUCCCGAGGUCCAAAUCUCAUUCGAGACACAAGAGCCGCGAAAAGUGACAUUCGAAUCCGGCGAGUCUUCGUCCACUUCCAAUUCCAUUGUCCCACCGCCAAUUAUCGAUUGGGACACCCCACCGAAAAUGAAUACGGUACCGGAAAUCGAGCCAGUGUUGUGUUUCGACGACGAGGUGUCAGUGAGUACGAGGCGACUAUCGGCUAGUGAGAAGGCCCGGCAGAAUGUGAUUGCUCAGAGGAGACAGAGCAAUGUUCAGUUUGUGCAAUCAAUGAGCGGCCGUACCACAACAACCACACUGAUUCCCUUAACAUGUGCCCAGAUUCAUUUGGUACGUGCUCUCUGGCGACAAGUGUACACUACAAAAGGACCGACAGUCAUCGGAGCAAGUAUCUAUCAUCGACUGUGUUUUAAGAAUUUGAUGGUAAAAGAACAAAUGAAACAAGUGGAGCUGCCGCCGAAGUUCCAAAACCGUGACAAUUUCAUAAAAGCUCAUUGCAAAGCGGUGGCCGAGUUGAUCGAUCAAGUCGUUGAGAAUCUCGACCAUUUGGAUAAUGUCACAAAUGAAUUGAUGAGAAUCGGGCGGGUUCAUGCAAAAGUGCUCCGUGGAGAGUUGACGGGAAAACUGUGGAAUACUGUAGCCGAGACGAUUAUUGAUUGCACACUGGAAUGGGGAGAUCGGAGGUGCCGCAGUGAAACAGUGCGGAAGGCAUGGGCAUUGAUUGUGGCGUUUGUGAUCGAGAAGAUUAAAGCUGGACAUCAUGAACAGCGUAAACUAAUGCUUGCCACCCGUCAAUCCCUUCCAUCCAUCCGAAUGCCGUCAAUGGAGCGAUUCUCUUGA